UAAAGUCUCAGCCCGAGUCUAAGCGUCGCCUGUCUGCUGUCCGCCGGUGGCCAGUGUUCCUUUAGCUGCCUUGCACCUGUUUCUUCUGAGUCUCUUUCGAGCCCUCGCACACCAGUUUCCUAGUUUUAUUAUCUUCGCUCUCUUCUUUUCUCCUUCCUUCACAGCUUAGCAUGCAGAAAAAAGACGUCUCCCCUCACGGUUUCCUGCCUAGCUUCCAACAUUUCGCCACGCAGGCCAUCCAUGCGGGCCAGGAACCAGAGCAAUGGAACUCCCGAGCUGUAGUGACCCCCAUCUCCUUGUCCACCACGUUCAAACAAGGGGCUCCCGGCAAGCACUCGGGUUUUGAAUAUAGCCGUUCUGGAAACCCCACCAGGAAUUGCUUGGAAAAAGCCGUGGCAGCACUGGAUGGGGCUAAGUACAGUUUGGCCUUUGCUUCAGGUUUAGCAGCCACUGUGACAAUUACCCAUCUCUUAAAAGCAGGAGACCAAAUUAUUUGUAUGGAUGAUGUAUACGGAGGUACAAACAGGUACUUCAAUAAGGUGGCAUCUGAAUUUGGAUUAAAGAUUUCUUUUGUUGAUUGUUCCAAAACUAAACUACUAGAGGAAGCGAUUACACCAAAAACCAAGCUUGUUUGGAUCGAAACCCCCACAAACCCUAACCUGAAGAUGGUUGACAUUGAAGCUUGUGCACAUACCGUCCAUAAACAUGGAGACAUUAUUUUGGUUGUGGACAACACUUUUAUGUCGGCAUAUUUCCAGCGACCUUUGGCUUUGGGAGCUGAUAUUUGUAUGUAUUCAGCAACAAAAUAUAUGAAUGGCCACAGUGAUGUUGUAAUGGGCUUAGUGUCUGUUAAUUCUGAAAGCCUCCAUGAUAGGCUUCGAUUCUUGCAAAAUUCUCUUGGAGCAGUCCCCUCUCCUUUUGACUGUUACCUCUGUAAUCGAGGCCUGAAGACUCUACAAGUCCGAAUGCAGAAGCAUUUUGAAAAUGGAAUGGCAGUUGCUCAGUUUCUGGAAGCAAAUCCUCUGGUAGAAAAGGUUAUUUAUCCUGGGCUGCCCUCUCACCCCCAGUACGAGCUGGCCCAGCGUCAGUGCACGGGGUGCCCCGGGAUGGUCACCUUUUACAUUAAGGGCACUCUUCAGCAUGCAGAGACUUUCCUCAAAAACUUGAAGUUAUUUACUCUGGCUGAGAGCUUGGGUGGAUAUGAGAGUCUUGCUGAGCUUCCGGCAAUUAUGACCCAUGCUUCAGUGCCUAAGAGCCACAGAGAUAUCCUUGGGAUUAGUGACACGCUGGUCCGGCUCUCUGUGGGCUUGGAGGAUAAAGAAGACCUAUUGGAAGACAUAGAUCAAGCUUUGAAGGCAGCACAUCCUCCAAAUGCACGUUGAGCCUAGCACGUGGAACUGCUGUUAGAAGUUGCUUCCUGAGAGAUCAUCAAAUCUGAAUAAUUGAAGGGACCAUGAAUGAACUUUUGCAGAAUUUUCAAGUGAAUUUUAAAGCACCUCAUUACUUUUCACAGCUAUAAUCCUCCGGGGAUCAUCCCUGUUGGAAACAGUUUCCUCUUUCCCUUACUGUCAUUGACAGGUGAAUUCUGUUAAUAUCUUUUUGUUAAUUUUUGUACCCAUUUGCCUCUUAAGGAGGUAAAAUUUGGGUUGCUUUUUGGGACUGUGCUCUUUUAUCUUAUAGUUUAAGAUUUAUAUUGAUCAUGUUUACAGUAUGGUGAUAAUCCACUUUUGGUAUUCUCUCAAGAAUUUAAAUUAUUGAAUGAAUGUUUUUAAAUCAAAUGUGAUUUUUCAUAUUGUUGAAGAUGGCUCUUCAAGCAAAGGUUUGCUCCUAAUUGUGACAAGCCAAAAAUAAAAUGCUUGUAAAGUCUAAUGUGAAAUUCUACCGAUUUAAGGUUGUGUGUACUAUUUAAAAAAAAUAAAUCUAAUUAUCAAAUGCA